CAAGACAGUGACGUUUUGGCUACGCAGGUUCCAGUAUUUAAACUCUGCCGACUGGCGCGAUAUUUGAGUUCAGCUUCGGAUCCGGCGGCUUUUUAAAUUGUGUGGUGUGUGCAUUGUACGCAAAGAAGGGCGCGGGAACACAAAAUGGACUGUUUGAACGUUUCGCAGGUUUUACCAAAUUCUCCAAGAAAAACCAGGGGUCAAAUCCAGGUAAAGUCGCGAUUUAGCCUCAAAUGUUUGGAAGUUAUAUAGCUGGUUGUGCCAGAUUUGUGUAUUUUUUUUUUGCAAGCUUAGCUAUCGGUUUACCAAAUGAAAGAAUAUCCCCCUCUAAAGUUGUGUGCCAUCAUUUGUUUCCCCUCUUGCAGGUGAUUUUCGGGCCAAUGUUUUCAGGAAAAAGCACGGAGUUGAUGCGUCGCGUCCGUCGCUUCCAGGUCGCUCAGUACAAGUGUCUUGUGAUCAAAUAUGCCAAAGACACCCGGUAUUCCAACUGCGACAUGGCGACCCACGACAAGUACACGAUGGCGGCCGUGUCGGCUGACCGCCUGGGCGACAUCUACACGCACGCGCUGGGAGCCGCGGUCAUCGGGAUCGACGAAGGACAGUUCUUCCCAGACACGGUGGAGUUCUGCGAGGACAUGGCGAACCGCGGCAAGACCGUGAUCGUGGCUGCGCUGGACGGAACCUUCCAGAGAAAGCCAUUUGGGAACAUCCUGAGUCUGGUGCCCCUGGCGGAGAGUGUGGUGAAACUGAACGCCGUGUGCAUGCAUUGCUAUAGGGAGGCCGCCUACACCAAGAGACUGGGGGCCGAGACUGAGGUGGAGGUGAUCGGCGGGGCGGAUAUGUACCAGGCGGCGUGCCGCUCCUGUCACGGGGAGCUCACAGCCGGGAAGGAGAACAGCGCCCCCCAGAGGGAGGAGACGCCCCCACACGCGCUGCCAGGGAAACAGCUGGACCCCAGCGCCCCGCGAAAGCUGUUCGCCUCCCUGUACCUCUGAGCGCUCUGACGGGCUCGCCCCGGAUCAGAACCGCCCGGGGUAG